UGCCGGAAAUGGGAGGAGGAGAUGCGACGAACUGGGACGAGGAUAGCUACAGGCGCACCAUCCUGCAGGAGAGAGAGCUCCAGUCUCAAACCGUCUUCAGGACUGCUUUCGCCCCUUCUCAAAACCCUAACCCCGACAUCCUCGUCGUUGCCUCCAGCGACGGCUCCAUUGCCCCCUAUUCCAUCUCCUCCUGCAUCUCCACACAGCCAAUGCGUAUUAACAAGGGUCGGCAUCAACAGUCUCUGGCUGACUUUUCAGUGGCAGAACCACUUUGCUUGCUUCGAGCACACAAUGGCCCUGCCUAUGAUGUCAAAUUUUAUGGUGAUGGGGAAGAUUCUUUGUUGUUGAGCUGUGGAGAUGAUGGUCGAAUUCAGGGAUGGAGGUGGAAGGAAAUUCUAGACUCAGAGGUGCUUGUGCCCAUGCAAGUAAACCAUUUGAAUCCAGUACUCAAUUUGGUGAACCCUCAACACAAAGGUCCUUGGGGUGCUCUUUCUCCGAUCCCUGAAAACAACGCCAUUGCCAUUGAUACACAGGGGGGAUGCAUUUUUUCAGCCGCUGGUGAUGCUUGUGCUUAUUGUUGGGAUGUGGAAACAAGCAAGGUCAAAAUGGUUUUUAGAGGGCAUUCAGACUACUUGCAUUGUGUUGUUGCACGUAAAUCAAGCAAUCAGAUUAUAACUGGUUCAGAGGAUGGAACAGCACGGAUUUGGGAUUGCAGAAGUGGAAAAUGUAUUCAAGUUAUAAAUCCAGAAAAUGAUCCCAAGUUGAAGAAAGCCUCCUCAUGGGUCAGUUGCAUUGCUAUUGAUACAAGUGAAAACUGGUUGGUUUGUGGCAGUGGUAGGAGUUUAUCGUUUUGGAGUCUUCCUUCAUCUGAGUGUAUUUUGAAAAUAGACACUCAUUCCCCAACUCAAGAUGUGUUGUUUGAUGAUAAUCAUAUUCUAGCUGUUGGAGCUGAACCUUUUCUCACGCGUUUCAACAUUAACGGGAUCGUUCUCUCACAGAUACAAUGUGCUCCUCAGUCAGCAUUUUCUGCAUCUCUACAUCCAUCGGGUGUGACUGCAGUUGGGGGCUAUGGAGGACUGGUGGAUGUCAUAGCAGAGUUUGGGAGCCAUUUAUGCACAUUCCGCUGCCGAGGUAUAUGAGUAUGGAUCAUGAACUGAUUUGUCAAUCACCAAAUUAUAGCUAUUGAUGUUCUGCAAAUUUAGCCCCAUUGGAAUUUCAGUGUUGGUCUGUAUCCUGAGAACUUUAGAACUCACAAGGUCUUUUAUCUAGCUGUGGCUUGAUUGAACAUAUUCAAAUUGGGGAUGAUGAUGAUAAUCCAUUAGGUAUGUUUUGCCCAGGAUAACUUCA